GUGGGCAGGACAAAGUGGCCCGCACUGGCAACUCGCCGCUCAAGGUCGACCAAGAAGGCACAAACUCGCGUCAGGACCUGUUCGAACAGCAGCAGAAUAACGCUGACAAGAACAACACCGCGGGCACCAACGUGGCUCUUGGAGCGGCUCUGACUGCAGAGACGCCCAAAGUCAUCCUGAAGAAACAGUCGGAGCCGAUCCGCAACGACAUCAUAGCCAUCAAGGCAUAUGGGAUCACGCGGGAG